CCUGCUAUUUCUGUUCGUACUUGGCAACACUGGCAGUACACCUUGAUCUUCGGUGUAGGCAGCUCUCAACUGCUGUCUGCUGCUUCGAAUAUGCCUCUGUAAAGGAUAGUUGGAUACUUCCUCUCUCCCCCUCAUUUCUUUACGUUACUUUUCGGCAUGUUUUUCCACACUCGUAGGUAUAGUUCCAUAAUAUAUUUUUUUAAUUUUUUUUUAAUAAAAAUUUGAUAUUUAAACUUUUAUUAAAAAGAGAAAAUUUUAGAAAAAAGUUAUACAACUAUACUUUACACGAGUCUCAAAAUGCGUGUGCAAACAGUGAACGUAAACAACCACGGAGGACGGAGGGAGUAUAUCACAUGUUGGGAGACGAUGAUGAAACAGAAAAAUCUCUUGAAAAAAUUAUUAAAGAUUCAUCAGAAAAAUCUCUUGAAAAAAAUUAUUAAAGAAAUCAUAUAUUCUCUGGAUUUCAUGGAGUAGUAUAUAUAUAGAAUGAAAGAAUGGAAAUUGAGAAAAAAAAUUAUAAUUUAAUGAAAAAAUAUAAAAAAAUAAAAAAAUAUAGGUAAAGUGGUGGACCAAAUAAUAUUUAAGGUAUCACGUGAAUAGAGUGCAGUUAAAUGUUUAAAACUUUAUUAUAAGAAAAAUAUAUAGAAUCGAGUGCACAUUCCAACACGGAAACUGUAUAAAAAAUAAAUGAAAAAGGGGAAGUAUUUAUUAUAUCUUUUCUAUUCUUAGCUGUUUUUUUUUUGUAAUUCAUGUGCACAAUAGCCACAUGACAGUUUUUUACGAGCAAUAAUUUUAGUAUAAAACCCAAAAAGAAAAUUAUAAUACAUAGUGAAAUCGACAAAUAAAAAUAUUCGUAGUUUUCUCAUCAUUUCCUAAAUGAAAGUUAGGUUAUACGUAGUUUCCUCAUCAUUUCGUGUAUGAAAAUUUUACUAGUCAACUUAUGUAUAUAUAAAAUUAUUUAUUUAUUUAUUUAAACAAAAAGAAACAUCAAAGAAUAUAUAAUACAUGAACAUCUUUGUCUAAUAAGUUUGUGGAGAACUAAUACUUGAAUAUAAUAUAACAUACAUGAACAUCUUUGUCUAAUAAGUUUGUGGAGAACUAAUACUUGGUGUGUCUUAUCUUGUAAUCGUGAAUUUAAUUUAAUUUUGUUUCAAAAGAGUAUCUAUUCACAGAGUUUUACCUUCACAACCGCAGGAGUACAGUACUGUUGUAACCAUAGUAGUGCUGCUUUCUCCUAAAUAGUGGGUGUUUGGUCGGGCUUAAAGCCCGGUUUCUAAAUUUAUAAGUUUGAAGUAUUUAUUCAUACUCUUUGUGUAAAAAGUUGAGAAUUUUUGUUUAAUGGCUUCUACUUCUUUCUCAAACACUUUAAUCACUUAUUAGUCUUGCUUAAGCAACAAACACUUAUUUUAAGCUUAGCUCGCUUAUUAUAGUUUGAUUUUAGCAACGAACGCAGACUGCAAAUAAAUAAGCAGCAGAAGCAUGCAUCUCACCGUUUAUAAUCAUUCAGGCCCUUUUAAUCUCUGGUAACUUGACAAAAGAGAUAGGAUAAACAAAUCAUGGAUUUGGCAACCAUGGUAAUAGUUAUAAUAACAACUGUGGUUGACAACUUGACAUGAUCAAACCAUGGAAUAUUUGGCCAACCUAUGUUAUACAGAGGACAAGAAUCAAUUUUCUUUUUCACUGAAAGACUAAUCAACAAGGCUACAUCUAUAUUGCUUAUCAGUUAAUAUGAAAUUAGAGAAAAUGGACAGGGGGGAAGUUGAGUCUUCGGGGAUCGUAUAGGUCAUUCUUUACAUUUUUACAACAUUUUCGCAACAAUUUCUUUAUAAUAUGCACUGUAGUACUGGUUUCAUGUUAUAUAGAAUAAUCUCAACCUUAAACUCUGUACUCAUGGCAAUAGCUCUCAGUCUCUUAUGUUUCUUGUGCCUUGUAGCCGUAAAUAGUUCUCUUUAUUUUCAGGUAUCUCAUUUUAGUCGUCAGAGAACCGACAUAAUUAAAUAUCAAGGAGAUGCUGUAGGAGCAGGUGAACAGGCUGAGUUGAUCAACAAGGACAAUCUCGAUACAAGCAGGACGCGUGUUGGUCGAGUCAUUUAUGCUGAUCCUGUCCAGAUAUGGGAUUCUGACUCCGGAAAACUUACAGAUUUCACUUCUCAUUUCACUUUUACCAUUGACACCCAAUCUAGAGCCAAAUAUGGCCAUGGUAUUGCAUUCUUUCUGGCUCCUGUUGGCUACCAGAUUCCUCCCAACUCAGUACCUGGAUACUUAGGUCUCUUUAACGCGACUAGACCUGUUCCUUCUGGAAAUCAGAUUGUUCAGGUCGAGUUUGACUCUUACGUCAAUAAAGGCUGGGAUCCUCCGUAUGAGCAUGUGGGAAUUAACAUUGACUCAAUUAUCUCAGCUCAGACCGCUCCUUGGAACGCUUCAUUGCAUAGUGGAGAUACCGCUGAUGUGUGGGUUAUGUAUAAUGCUACUACCAAAAAUUUGUCAGUCUUUUGGUCCUACAAGCAAAACCCCAAUUUUCAGAUGAAUUCCAGUCUUUUCUAUCAAAUUGACCUCAAGGAUGUUCUACCUGAGGUCACUAGUAUCGGAUUUUCAGCCUCUAUAGGAUAUAUGGCUCAGCAAACUUUUCUAAAAUCUUGGGAGUUCAGUUCAACUUUAUCUGAAAAAAAUUCAAGGAACAGAGACAAGAAGGUUAUAUUUAUAGUGUCCACAACAGUGUGCGGCGUGGUGUUGCUCUCUCUGACUGUAUCACUCGUUAUAGUUUGUAGGCGAAGACGGACUACUAGAAAAGCAGCAGAAGCAGCCCAAAUGACAUCAAUCAGUGAUGACCUUGAAAGAGCAGGACCCAGAAAAUUUUCCUACCAAGCUCUUGCUGUGGCUACUUACAAUUUCUCAGAUGAGCGAAAGCUAGGCGAGGGAGGUUUUGGCUGUGUCUACAAGGGAUAUCUCAUAGACCUUGAUCUACCAAUUGCUGUUAAAAAGAUAUCAAGGAGCUCCAGACAAGGUAAGAAAGAGUAUGUAACCGAGGUCAAGAUUAUUAGUAUGUUGAGACAUCGAAAUCUAGUCCAGCUCAUAGGUUGGUGCCAUGAAAAGGGUCAGUUCCUACUUGCUUAUGAAUUCAUGCCAAACCGAAGCCUUGAUGUUCACCUAUUUGGCAACAGGAGUUCUCUUGUUUGGCCAGUUAGAUACAAGAUCACACAAGGACUUGCAUCUGCUUUACUCUAUCUUCACGAGGAUUGUGAGCAGUGUGUGGUGCAUCGAGACAUCAAGUCCAGCAAUAUAAUGCUGGACUCAAACUUUAAUACCAAGGUUGGAGAUUUUGGCUUAGCUAAAGUUAUGGACCAUGAGCUCGGUCAUCAGACAUCCGUGUUGGCUGGAACUUUUGGUUACAUGGCACCAGAAUAUGUAUACAGCGGCAGAGCUAGUAAAGAGUCUGAUAUUUAUAGCUUUGGUGUGGUUCUAUUGGAAAUUGUUACAGGAAGAAGGUCAUGGGAUAGACUGCAUGUUGGCCAAUCUGAAAAGGGAUUGGUGGAGUGGGUUUGGGAUCUGUAUGGAAGUGCUGAGCUUGUUGCAGCUGUGGAUGAAAGAUUAAAUUCUGAGUUUGACGCGGCACAAGCUGAGUGUUUGAUUAUUGUAGGACUUUGGUGUGCUCACCCUGACCCCAAUUUGAGGCCUUUGAUCAGGCAGGCAAUUCAAGUGCUUAACUUUGAGGUGGCAAUGCCAAGUCUUCCGAACACGAUGCCUAAUCCUGUUUAUCAUGCACCCUUUAGCACCGUGACCCCGGUUAGCUCUACAUCAGCAGCAAGCUCAACAAGUGCGGCCAGCUCUAGUCAGGCUACUAUUUCUUACACAAGCAAGAAUUUUGGGCGUUAAAACAUGUAUACUUAGAACUCCCUGCAGUGGCAAGCUCCUUCGAUGUCUAGAUAGAAUUUCUUUUUAUGCUCGUUCAUGAAUUGUUAUCUGCUGAACAGAUAUCCUGUAUGGUACUUUUGUGUAUUCGGUCAGCUGUGGCGAUUAAUAAGAUAUUCUCGUUAUUGUUUUCAUUAAA